AUGCAUGCAAGUGCUGGCAAGAAUCACUACAAGUUAUGUGCCUGGACAGUAAUUGUUCUUAUAGCUCUUUGGUCCUUGUUCACAGGCACUGUCACCCUCAAAUGGUCCACAAACAACCUUAAUCAAUUCUUAGAUGGAUUGGAUUCUAUGAUACUUGAAGAUCUAGAUGUGUUGGAAGUGGAGGAAAGAGAGAAGACUGUGAGACAUAUGUGGGAUGUGGUACAGUCAGUCAUAGUAACUCCAUUGAAGAAAAAAAACCUUAACUCCCAAAUGAAGGGAAAAAAACUAUAUGACUGUCUAGGUUUCUAA